GUGUUUUGAUGCACCGCAAAUCGAAGGGAUACUGUUUUAAUUUAGUCAAGAGAAACUGGAAAAAACGGACAAAUACACUCUUAAUCUAAAAUGAUGCGAGCUUAUAAUUUACGUAAACAUUUUCUGUACUCAUAGAAAAUAAGCACUUCAUAUUAGUAGUAAGAUGAUUUAAGUUCUUUCAGUCCCCGUUUUCUUUUUUUCGACGUAAAUUAAAUUAUCGCUUUCACAUAAACCACUGGGUAUGUUGCGACGGAAGUAUUUCUACGAACUGUAAGAAACAGUGGAAUAUGGGACUUAUAGUUUAUCAUAUUAUCUUCAUGACGGGGAAAAUUGUUUGUCAAAAUCAUGACUUGUAUAGCAUACUUCAGCACCAAUCGUUUCCCAAUUGACAGUUCAUCAAAACAGGUGCCUUCCAGAGAGUACAUUUAAUGUUGUUUGUUUCAUCUAUGGUGGGAAUAUAAUCGUCGUGACGUUUUGCUAAGGGAAGUGGUAGUUACUGUAAAUUGUUAGCUGUGUUGAAAUUAUUUCAGCUGCAGACAACGAACAAAAAAAUAUGUUACGUAAUAAUUUCUAUUUGCGAUGUAAUUAUUACUCCGGCUUAUCCCUAAUGGAUGACAAGUGGUGUGCGACGUACAUAAAUAUCGAAGACUUAGGAGGUAUUUGCGAUUUGUAGAACAAGGAAAAUAGUUAUUUCUAGUAAAAAUGGGGGCAAAAGAUUCAAAACCCCUGUGUAUAACAUACGAAGAAGCAGCUAAGCGUGUGACAGAAGCAGAGCUGAAAAGACUGAAGGAGGCAUUUAAACGUGUUUCUACAGUACAUGGAUGCAUAACGAAGCAGUCUUUCGUAAAAGAUGUUUUGGGCGAUGGAGUACCGACUCAGAUAGCAGAGUACAUAUUUUCUGCAUGUGGCGGAACACAGAAAGGAAUCGUUUUUAAGGACCUGCUUUGUGGUCUUGUACUUUUAACUAGAGGAAAAGAUGAUGAGAAAUUGAAGUUUUUAUUUGGAUUGUACUCGAAUGAAUCAGGGAGUCACAUUUCUCGAGAUGACUUCUUGAGAUUGCUUCAAGCGACAGAGAGCAGUUUCAUUCCUGAAGCAGUCACUGGUCUGUUCUCAGAGAAAGAUCGUGUGUCAUACGAAGAAUUUCGGGACUGGCUUUUGUCAUGUCGUGAUGCGACCUCAUUGAGUCGUUGGUUGCUGUCGGAGCCAUGUACUGUUACUCUAAGCAAUGAACUGGAAACACCAACCUUCUACCAAACACUUGCUGGUGUUACUCAUUUGGAAGAGAGUGACAUCAUAGAGUUGGAGAAGCGCUACUGGCUCUUGAAGGGCCAGUCACGCACGGGGAAGCUUGACCUGGACACGCUGGUGCCUCUGGUCAGCCCCCCAGUGCCCUUGUCCGUCUGCGCCGGGGUCUUCGCUGCGUUCGAUGAGAACAGGGACAGCCACAUCGACUUCAAGGAAAUGGCGUGUGGUGUAUCUGCCGCGUGCAGGGGCCCUCUCACUGAGAGGCAAAAGUUUUGUUUUAAAGUUUUUGAUGGUGAUAGAGACGGUGUCCUCACAGAAGAAGAGUUACAGCACAUGAUUGAUGUACUACUGUUUGUACGCCGUGAAAAUAAAUCGUCUAAAGAACUCUCUCUAGAUCCGUAUGGUGAAGUUGAUGUGGAAAUGGUCAUGAAAGAUAUCAGGAGACACGCAACAAGUGAGAAAGGGUUGACAACGGAAGAAUAUUUAAUGUGGACUGUGGAGAACCCACUUCCAAUGGAUUUCUUAAAUUUGUUGUUUCAGGUAUGUCACAUUGUUUUGGGGCUACGCCCAGUAUCACGUGAAGAAGAGGGAGAAAUUGUGAAAGGCUGGCUGGAAAGAGAGAAGAGGCGUGGUUAUAGGGUGGGACAGUUCUGGUAUCUCAUUGCAAGUGACUGGUGGCGUUCCUGGGAAAAUUACGUCUCCUAUAAGCCAAGUGGUGAGAGUCCAAACAGCAGCAAUUCAGGAAGUUUGAGGAGAGGUGUCAGUACAGGCCGUUUAUCAGGACGACGACCAAACCAGCAGUUGAUUGAAGAUGCUGUCGAUGCCACCACUGAAGCAACAGAUUCUCUUAAUUCUACAAGGCUGUCCACAACUUCCCUAGCAGCCCAAGAAACAUCCAGGUCAUCAAGUGUCGCAUCAAGCCCGAGUCAGUCACCUCGUCAGCCACGAAAGGCGACAAGCUCCUUCAGCGGUUCUCCAUCUCCACCGGGGCCGAUUGACAACACAAACCUUGUGUCAACUCCGGCCUACAAGGUGGCCACACCGCUGACUGGAGAGGGUGGAAAGCUAAAAAGGAGUCCCGAACUUGUGCACCCGCGUGAUUUUGAACUUGUUCCAGACUCUUUGUGGAAGGCCCUUUCACAAUGGUAUGGAGGCUCACCACCACUUCCAAGACAGGUGAUUCUUCCAAAGAAUGGUGAGAAAGAGGAACUGGAGCUGUUUCCACUAAACCUUAGGCUGUUACGGCACCAGUCGCCACCUGCAAGAGCCCCACAGGCUUCCUGGUCUGGCAUGGUUGGGGGCUAUGGUGCUGCUGCCCUCAGUUCCACAGGUUAUGCCUACGUUUCCAAUUUCCCCACACCACCUAAGCGACAAUUAGCAUAUGUGGCAGCGUUCAGCCGCAUGGCUACGAUUAAGCAAGUCUACGACUUCUUGUGUGCUCGUCUCAGGAUAAGACCAGAGGACAUGAGGUUAUGGCAUUAUAGGGACGAGAACAACAUGCUUCUUAUUGAGGAUGAAGAACCUACUUUGGAGGAUUUGGGUAUAAUGGACGAAGACCAGCUUUUGAUUGAAGUCAGGAACAAAGACCUUACUUGGCCUGAAGAAAUGGGAUCACUGGCAAAUCAUUUACAGGACAAGCGUAAACCAUCUGUCCCAGCUGAAAGAGGAGCGACUGGUCUCAACAACUUGGGUAAUACAUGCUUCAUGAAUGCUGCAUUGCAGUGUGUGAGCAACACAAGGGCUCUGACUCAGUAUUUCACAAGUAACAUGCACCUUUAUGAACUUAACAGAGCAAAUCCUCUAGGGAUGAAGGGUCAUAUUGCUAAGAGAUAUGGGGAUUUGAUCCAUGACAUUUGGAGUGGAACUGCAAAAACGAUAGCACCUCUGAAGCUCAGGUGGACAAUAGGAAAGUAUGCACCACGUUUCAAUGGUUUUCAGCAGCAUGAUUCACAAGAGCUGUUGGCCUUUCUUCUCGAUGGGUUACAUGAAGAUCUUAAUAGGGUGCAUGAUAGACCUUAUGUAGAGCUCAAAGACAGUGAUGGAAGACCUGAUGUCAUAGUGGCACAAGAGGCCUGGGAAAACCAUAUUCUUCGGAACAAGUCGAUUAUAGUGGACCUGUUUCAUGGCCAACUCAAGUCUAAAGUGACAUGUAAAGUGUGUGGCCAUGAGAGUGUGAGGUUUGAUCCAUUUAACUACCUCUCAUUACCACUGCCUAUGGAGAGCUACAUCCAUGUGCAGGUUAUUGUAAUGCGAUUGGAUGGAUCCGUUCCUGUAAAAUAUGGCCUAAGAUUGAACAUGGAUGAGAAAUACAGCAGCAUAAAGGCAGCAUUGUCACCAUUGUGUGGCAUACCAGCUCACUUAUUAAGACUGGCAGAAGUAACUGCUGCGCAAAUAAAGACUGUACCACCAGACGAUCAAAAGAUAAAAACUUUGGUCGGUGGUUGCCUUUAUGCUUAUGAGCUUCCUGAGAUUGGUUCAUUAUUUGGAGAGGAAGAAAGACUUUCGAUUUGCUCACAACGCUCUAACAGAGAUGGACAAACAUUUGUUGCAAUCCAGCGGUCUGUACAACCACGCCCACCACCACUGGGUUCAGGUGGUGUUACAAGCAGCCCAGUGCUUCGGGCCAGUGUGGAAUGUGAUCCGCACUCUCUUACAUGUAAUAAUAGACCAGUUGUAGACGACGGCAGUUCAAGCAAUCCGAAUCCAAACGCGGAGCAACUCCAGACUGGCUCGUCAUCCCAUCGGCUGAGUGGAAGCAGUGGGAGCAAUGGCAGCCUGCCACCGGAGGAGAUAGCGGCGAUAGCUGCGCGCCAGUCGAGUGGGCACAGCAGUGCCAGCUCCGGCAGCCUGGCUGGCCUCAGUGACACAGACGUGUGCAGCCCGCAGGGCUUUAUCGUCGCACUCCAUCGAAAAAUGAUUCGACAAGAUGUAUAUUUCCUGUCAUCACAAAAGACAAAACCCAGCCUCUUUGGGUUACCAAUAAUUGUACCGUGUUCAGAAACAACAACUCACCAAGAUCUCUACCACGCAGUUUUGGUGCAGGUUGCACGGCUUGUUUCACCGCUACCACCAUCUGAGACAGCAGCACCAAACCAUGCUCAAGACUGUGACGACAGCCUAGGUUAUGAAUUCCCAUUUGUAUUGAAAGCAGUUCAGCGAGAUGGUAUGCAGUGUGCUCUGUGCCCGUGGUACAGAUUUUGCCGCGGCUGUCGCAUACCAUGCUCUGAAGCUGAAUUCAACUUCAGAUGUACACACCUUGCCAUUGAUUGGGAUCCAACAGCUCUACACCUGCGUUAUCAGACAUCCCAGGAAAGGGUUUUUGUGGAACACGAAAGUGUUCCAUUGACACGGCAACAGCAGUCAGAGCCAAUUGAUCUGGAUUUUUGCUUGGAGGCCUUCACAAAAGAAGAGCAUCUUGGGGAAGAUGAAAAGUAUUAUUGCUCAAAAUGUGGCCAACAUCAGUUGGCAAGCAAAAAGCUUCAGAUAUGGAGGCUACCUCCAAUACUGAUUGUUCAUCUGAAAAGGUUCCAGUUUGUUAAUGGGAAGUGGGUAAAGUCCCAGAAGGUUGUGAAUUUUCCAUUCAGGAAUUUUGAUCCAACAGCCUACCUUGCUUCGGUACCUAAACAGACGGUCAUCAGACACAAAGAACUAAAGGGGGAAUAUGCUGAAAAGGAGCAAAACUCCGAAAAGGAUGACAGUAACAUCGAAUCCAACAUCAUGUCACUGACUGAUGAGUCUGAAGUGCAAAAUCAUGGUGAUAUACUAUCACAUUUAAUUCAGAACCAUAGGGAGAUAGUUGACAACAAUUUAAAUAUAUCAAAACCAAAAUUAGAGGCUGAACUAAAUACUCAUAACAGUGCCAAAGGAAAUGGACAUAUUCCCAAUGGUGAUCUGACGCUACCAUUGAAUUCACGUGAAAGACUGGUGUCGACAUCACUCGUCAAAACUCCUGUGGUAGAUUGUGCCCUACAAGAUUUCCACCAACAUCGGCUUACUGAUGGCAGCGACCCAUUUGAUUUAAAGUACAAUUUGUAUGCUGUAGUGUCACAUUCAGGCAUCCUAGGAGGUGGCCAUUAUGUGUCAUAUGCAUGCAAUCCAAAUGGACGGUGGUACUGCUACAAUGACAGCAGUUGUAAGGAGGUGAGUGAGUCUCAAAUGGACACCAGCUCAGCCUAUAUGUUGUUCUACGAGCGAGAGGGGUUGGACCAGCAGCAGUACAUGCCCAGUGUUGUCGGCAAGGCACCCGACACACGUGAUCUCGAUGAUGAGUUUGAUUCGGAUCUUAAGAAACUCUGCUGCCUAAUUUUUUCAGAAUGAAGUUGGGUCAGCAAGUCAUUCUCCGGGAAUGCAAAUUUUGUCAUUGGUGGAUCAUCAUCUAUUAGUAACCCCUUUCACAGGACCAUCAAUACAGUUAAAGUUCAUAACAAUGAAUAUGUUACUACCCUGUGCUGCAUUGUGUGUUUUCUGGUGCACUUUUAAUAUAUUUUAUUAUGCCUGUAGUAUUGUUUUUAGUGCCAUUUCCAUACACAUUUCAUAUUGUUUCUUUUUUAUAGGAAAAUGUCUGGAAGAAAUUUUUAUAUGAUCAUUAUUUACCUUUCCACAUAAAAUUUAGUCCUCAGUUUCUUGCUGUUUCUUCUGUAAGACAAACAACUCAUUAUGAUCUUUAGUCAAUAGCAUUAUUCCCAGCAGAAUGUAGCUGUAUUUUCCAUUAACCAUGUAGUUAAAGCAACACUAGUCAGUAAAUGUUAUUAUGAACAUAUUAAUUCACAAAAACUACAUUAUUUCUGUACCUUGUGAGCCCUUUCAGAAGUCUGAAGAAAUAAGUUGUGUGUUAUUCUUUUAAUUAUGUAUGGAAAAAUAUUAAUUUAACAAUUGACAUGUGCAAGUCAUUUAGAUGUCUCAUACAAGUUUAUAAAUGUGUGUUGUAUAUAAAAUUGUUACACAUUUCACUGUUAUGUAAAUGAUGAUGAUAAAAAUAAUAAUAAUAAUAAUAGUUAUAGUAGUACUGCUAAUGUUCUGCCUUGAUAUUGCACACCUGUGUUAGAUAUUGAUGAGAGAUUAUUAAUACAGAAGAUAAAAUGAAGAUAAUAUGUGCGGAUAAAAAUACCAGGGAGCAAUUCAGCCUAAUUGUUGAUUUUUGCGAAAUAUAUAUGAAUUCCAGAGAUUACACUAUUGGUGAGAAUUUAAAGAAAAUUUUUUGUUAAUGUAAAGAAUACGUUUAUUGCAUCUUUAUACAUAAUUUGUAAAUAUACAGAGAUAUUAUUGUUUUAUCAUAUAUCAGUGUGUGAGCUUUAAUAGAAAAUAAAGUGUUGCCUUAUUGUUUAGUGUGUAGGUGUGGCAGUAUUAUGCCAGCUGUGAAAAUGUAAAUUAGCAGAUGACGAGUGAGUGUGAGUGAGUGAGUAUGUCUCCCAUAUUCAUUUUCGUGAAAAAGGUGUAUUUUCGUAGUAAACUAUUACAAGUAUUAUUAAUUGAAUAAAUUGAAUGAAAACUAUAUAAUUUAAAUGUAUGUUUGAUAGUUUUUAAGCUUUAAUGGUGUUUUUGAAAGAAGAUGAAUCAGACAUUAUUUUAUCUGUUGAGAUAGAAAUAAAAAUAUGUAUAGCCACUUUCUGAAUAGAAAUUCAUUCUUUAGUAUGGCUAUUUUCAGUGAGCAUUGUUAUCUCCUCUUAGAAUACAUGUAAUAAUGAUUAUGAUGUUGUAUAUUCUGUAGUUUUUAAAGUGCCCCUUCUGAGUUGAACCACUACAGAUGGUAAGUAACUCAUGUAACAAUUAGGCUGGAUAAUAAAAAUUUAAGAUGAGAGAAGAGCCAGUCGCUGCAAAAUAUUUGCCUCCACUUUUAUGUGUGUAAAUGGACCACCUCCAUAGCAGAGUGGUCAGCUUUACCGAAUGCCAUGUAGAGGACCCAGGAUCAAUUUCCGGUACUGCCAGGGAUGUUUCUUCAGUGGGAGGACUGGAAUGGGAUCGCAGCCUCGUAAUGCAUCCAUGAACUAAGUGACUGAGCAGCAGCAGCAGCAGCUUCUGCUCACAAAAACUAACCAUGGCCGGGAGAGUUUUGUGCUGAUCCCACACUCCCCGUACCACAUCCAAUUAUGCCACUGGCAGAGGAUGAUGUGGCGGUCGUUCAGUACCGAUGGGUCUGCGAGGGCCUAUGGAUAGAGUUUACAUUAUGCGCUGAAUUAGUGUGAAAAUAAUGCACAACCUUUUUUUUUGGUAAACUUAAAUCAUUGUGGCUCACACAAUUAUACAUUUGUUAAUAUCUGCCACUCGUGUUAAUAGUUGAAAUGUCAUCCUGUCUUUCUCAUGGCUGAAAUUUUACAGACUUGAAAAAUGAUCUUUUAAUGUUAUCACACAGAGUUCCACACACUGAAUUUGUUCUGAAAGUAUCUGUGUAGUUUAUGAUGUGUCUGCAUUAAACAAAACUUUGUUUCCCUUUUUUUUAAUAUUGCUUUCUAUAUUUGAUAUGGGUAAGAUGUUAGACAUUCUGCAUCAAGAAAAAUUAUUGAUUUCCAGGACUUAAUUGUCUAAUACUUUUCAGAUUAAAUAUCUAAUGGUUAUUCUGGCUCUACAGUCCAUUCUCAUGAAACACUGAUUUUGUGCAGUAAAACCUGCAUGUUUUGUGCAGAUGGAUUGAAAAAGGAAGGUCUGGCCUCUGGGAAGCUGCAGUAUGAAUAGUUUUGGUAUCAUCAUCAUCAUCAUCAUCAUCAUCAUCAUCAUCAUCAUCAUCUGGUUGGUGCAGUAAAGUCAUACUGGAUAACUAUGGCAAAUAGCUGACAACUCAGCUUUUGAAGAGAGUAAGGAGCAAACAACUAAGUGGGCAACAGCGUGUUGUUCUUUUGAAGAACAGUAACAGUUCAAUUUAACUGUCAUAGGUAGGCUUGCUGGCCUAGUGUGGGUAGCCAAUCAUCUGCACUCAUUACAGUUAGCUGAUUAGACUAAAUUAUCCCGACUGUAUGAUGAUUAUCCUGAUGUUAUAAAAAAUAGUCACUAGGAAAAAAGUAGUCAUAUUGCAGCUUUUGGGCACCUGUGUCUUCCUUUUUCAAAUACUCAGAAAAGUUGAUAGUAGCAGUUGCACAGAGGAAUAAAUUCCUAUUCAAAUAACUACUGGCAAUGUUUUUAUUUCUAUCUGUAUACGAAAAUACAUAGUUCACCAUCCCCAUCAAUGUAUUUACAGAUGUUAUCCUGUAUGCUAUACUCUUUAAUAAAGUAUAUGCCAUCUUCAGAAAAUGAAUAUGACACUGGAAAAGCUCGUUACAUUUUCUUCUGACUGACAAUUACAUUUUGUACAAUGCUUAAUUAUUGUACAGUAGUGCAGCAUUCUAGCGAGAUACAUUCCCUUUAUAAUUCAAAUUUGUUUGUAAAAAAACCCUAAGUAUUGACAAUUAGAAAUGAACUGUAGAAAAUGUAUGUUGCAUUCCAUAUGCACAUGUAAGUAUUUUAAAGUGUAUUUUAUACAGUUUGAGUUAUCAUUCAUUAAGAUAUUACUUUCAAAUCUGUGACUGUGCUUGGAUAUAUCCUUAAUAUUUUGUAUCAAGAAAUGUUUUUAAAUGUGCAGGGACGGAAUUGUUUCAAACUUAAAACUAAUAUAUAUUGUGAUAUCGACUAGAAACCUUAAUUCGUGUUUAGCGUCUCCUAGUCUUAUGCUAUAAUAUUUUCUGGAACUUGUCAAAAUAGGGAAUAUAUUCAUCUAUUGGAUUACAGGCAUGAUAUAUUAUUCAAUGAUUUUAUGGCUUUUGUAGAAAGAUUAUAUCAUUUUGAAAUUGUUAAAUCUACUGCAGUCAAAGAAUGAUAAUCCAGAAAUGGAAAUGGUCAUACCUGUAUAUACUAUAUUACUUCCUGUGUUACUUGUUAUCAGAUUUAUGUAUACCUGUUGAUUGAAUAGAAUGCAUAGUAAACAGGAAAUGAUUUGUGCCAUUGUCAGGGAGGAGUAGCUAUGCACCUCCCUUUCAUUACAGUAUUCCUGAAAAUAUUCAGUUAAUAAAAGAUGAAAUAAAAUUGAA